AUGAUUUCCAAUAAAUGUAUUCCGCUGAUGACACGCUUCGACUUCUUGGCGACCAAUUCCUUCGAUAUUAUUGGGGCCACACCGAAGUCCAUUGCCUCCGAACUACUCAUUCUUACCCAGCAAAAUGCGUACUGCCAAGAGAAUAUCUGCGAUGUCAUUCUGUUCCUAGUCAAAGCCUCUCCAAAAGCAUUCAUCCUGCUUGAUGGCCUUGAUGAAGGUCUCAGUGACUCAGGGUGGGAGCGCACUGGAGUUAAGGACGUGUUGGACUUCGUGAUUCGGCUCGCGAGUGAGUGCCCUGAUAAAGUGAGAGUCUGGUGCAGCAGCCAGUAUCGCCCUUACUUCAACGAGACCCUUGUCGGAUUCACCACCGUUAACAUCACCGAUAACCCUCGACAAGACGUCACACUCUCUCGCGCAGGAUUCAAUUUCCUGUGGGCAAGCCUAAUGAUCGAAGAUUUGCAGAAACGCACCACGAGCACAGCUGCGAUGCAGGAGAUGUUCUACCAAGACCAACUCCCAACGAGCUUAGGCGGCUACUAUCGUGCGAUCUUGAAUCGCAUCCAAACCCAUCACCGGUCAAUCGCAUGCAGAAUCUUUAGCAUGGUCAUGUUUGCCAAACGCCCUCUACGAGUCGAAGAACUCUCGGAAGCUGUGGGAAUCCUAUAA